GACGCAGCUCGAGCCCGCGAGCUAGAGGGGGAUUUCCAGCACGAGCUCCACUCUCACUUCCCGAAGCAACCGUUGUUUUGCUUUCGGUCUGAGAGCACAAACAGAAAUAAACAUUUCCGUUCGCCGCCUAAACAAGCCUACAACUACUUGUCCAACUUUGGUGGCGCAGACUGUCCGGACAGCGGCUCCUCGAGGCGUCAGGCCGUCUAACUGAGAAGCUGAAAAUGCCCGUGGAGAGGAUGCGGAUGCGACCGUGGCUGGAGGAGCAGAUUAAUUCCUGUCAGAUCCCUGGACUAAAGUGGGUUAACAAGGAAAAGAGAAUUUUUCAGAUCCCCUGGAUGCAUGCGGCUCGUCAUGGCUGGGAUCUGGAGAAAGAUGCCCCACUCUUCAUGAGAUGGGCCAUACACACGGGUAAGUAUCAGCAAGGUGUAGACCGACCCGAUCCAAAGACAUGGAAGGCCAACUUCCGCUGUGCCAUGAACAGCCUUCCAGACAUCGAGGAGGUGAAGGAUAAAAGCAUCAAAAAGGGUACCAACGCCUUUAGGGUUUAUAAGAUGCUCUCGUCUUCAGAGAGGAACCUAAAGAAAGGAAAGAAAAAGGCUGACAAGGAGGGAACGUCUAGAAGACAUAAGGAGUCUGGACCUGCUGACGUAAUCAAAGAGGAAAUCCUGAAAGAGGAGCUGGUGGAGGUUACAGUAGCUGACAGUGGGUCAGGGGUCCACCCUCCAGCUGAGGAGCAGGUGAUCAACAGCGAGCAGCUUCCCUACGUUUGUCAGACCAUUGAGGUCAUCACCGAGAACGAGGAGCAGACAGUUAGCUCCUCCCACUCGUACCCGCUCCAGAUCUCUCCUGUGUCUUCAUGUUGCGGCAGCGACACGGAGAGCGACACCGAAGACACCAGAGAGGGUAAAAGUGUGGGAUGGAAGCAUGACUACAACUCUGUCCUCAGGAUCCCGUCCUGCUCUCUCCCAGGCAUGUCCACCUUCGUCAGUCCCAGUAAGCCCAACUUUAGGGUGACCAGCAUGAAAGACCCCGCCCCCCUCAUUAGCUACCACCUGGACAGCUGGACCUACAGCCAGAACCAGAACUGUCUCUCGUCCUCAGCCAGCAGUGGUCAUGAGAUGCGUGCCAGUGUCAUUAGGAAAACCUCUGAUGUCACUUCCUCCUGACCUCAGAACAAGUAUCAUUGAUGUCUUCAGGAGAUGGGAAGGACAGAGCAAGGACCACAUGCCAGGAUUUGUCUUUAGCUGACCAGUUCAUACUGCAGCCACCCCCCCUUCCCCCAUGCAGGAGGACCAGAAGAACGCCACGGAUCCUCGUCCCCUCUAAGCCAGCAUCCCACUGGACUGGGACAAGGGGGUGUCCCCAAACACAUGUGCUCAGUUCGUCUUUGCUGAGUCACAGAGACCAAAUGUCCACUAUUGUGGUACUCCAUGAAGACACUUUGUGACUUAGCUACACAUCCCUAUGGGGCUCCUCCAGAAGACCAUGAUGGUGAUACCAGUCCCAGCCCAGUGAGGCCUGGCGACAUGUGGGUGGACACGUCCAUUCUAUUGAGUUCAGUUAGCUGCAAACAAACCAGAACCUCGUCUUUCUGUCACUGUCCGCAUGUCCAGCCACAUGUCCCACAGCUGGACACUUCAGGACGCUCUGGUGUCCCCAUGGUGUAAGAAGCUUUUAUACUUAAUGCCUGCAACUGCAUCAGCACCUUACACACCUGUGGUGUGUGUGUGUGUGUGUGUGUGUGUGUGUGUGUGUGUGUGUGUGUGUGUGUGUGUGUGUGUGUGUGUGUGUGUGUGUGUGUGUGUGUGUGUGUGUGUGUGUGUGUGUGUGUGUGUGUGUGUGUGUGUGUGUGAGUGUGAGCGUCAGAAGGCUGAACAAUAACUUGUAGAAUAAUUAGUCAUCAUGCUAAAGCAUCUUCUCUGUGGUGGACCACACCAGCUUCUGCCACAAUAAAUAAUUAUAAUAAUAAUAAUAAUAAAUCACACACAAAGUUGUGAACAUUUUAAUUUCCUUUCUGAACUAUUUCUGUUGAGAGUUUAAUGUUUAAAUCUGUUAGGUUGUUACUGACAGCAGCUACGUUUAAGUUUCACUUCCUGUUCUGCCUGAACGCUGCUGCAGCAUGGAGGUGUAGUUCUCAGUCAUCCUGGACAUGAUCAUCCUGAGAGUUUUAGCUGAAAACAGCUGGACGUUUCUGGAUGUGUUGGAGACAUUUAGCCUCUCAUCCCAGAGGCUUCUUCCAGACUUUGAUCGUGGUCAGAAACAAACACACUGGUUGUGCUGCAAGUCUUUUUCUUUUUUUUUCUCCAAAACACGUUUUUGUCUAAAUUAAGGUGAUGUUGUUGUUCAAAGAAUUAUGUUGAAGUUCAGAUUAUUUCAUCAAGUAGGACCUGUGGUUAGCUAGCUCAUGUAAAGCAUGUCAUGUCUUGAAAGAAUCAGAAUCGAAACGAGGAAUCGGAAUUGUUAAAAAUCAAAAGAUGCCCAGCCCUGUGUGUGUGUGUGUGUGUGUGUGUGUGUGGCUUCUGAUCUUGUCUGCAGCCAAACUGCUUCAGUCUUUUAGUAACUGACUUUUACAAGAAGUUCUUAGAAAAGAACUGAAGACACCUCUCUCUCUUUCUCACUCACACACACACACCUUGCUGUGGUAACAGGAUCAGGUUCAGCUCUCCACCGUAUCAGGAAGUGUGUCAGAACAAGACUGUAAUAAGAUAACAUGACAGACGGGGGCAGGAACAUGGUGGCUGUUCUUGGUUAGGGUUAGGCUGAAUGUGGACGCUUCCUCGGUGCCUUCUGGCGUCCUGAUCCUGAUGCAGCCUAACGGGCUGUUAUCUAAGCCCCUCCCCUCUCUGGCUGAUCCUGGAUCGGUGUGUGUGAUGUUUACGGUGAGGCGUUCCGGUGGUAUAAACACACCAAAGAUGUAUUCAUGAUCAUGAGUCCAAAGUCCUUCAUCUGCUGUACAAGCCAUCAUGUUAGUCCAGUCAUGUGAGAUAUUGUUGCUGUUAUUUAGCGCCACGAUGCCCUUCGGGAACAUAAACUGAGUUUUUGUUGAUCCAUCAUAAGUUUGUGAACCUUCUGAAUCUGCGUGUGAAUCAUUCUGUACGUCUGAAAUAAAGAGUUUAUUUAUA